GAAAUGGAAAAGGAAAUUAAGAAUGUAUUCCGAGGAGGAAACCAGGACGAGGUGCUCAGCGAAGCUUUUCGGUUAACGAUCACCCGGAAAGACAUCCAGACCCUCAAUAACCUGAACUGGCUCAACGAUGAGAUAAUUAAUUUCUAUAUGAAUUUGCUGAUGGAGCGGAGCAAAGAAAAGGGUUUACCAGCAGUUCAUGCAUUCAAUACUUUCUUCUUCACCAAAUUGAAAACAGCGGGGUACCAAGCUGUGAAAAGAUGGACUAAAAAAGUGGAUAUCUUCUCAGUGGACCUCCUCUUGGUGCCUAUUCAUCUGGGAGUGCAUUGGUGCCUAGCAGUCGUCGAUUUCAGGAAAAAAUCCAUCACCUACUAUGACUCCAUGGGUGGAAUAAACAGCGAGGCCUGCAGGAUACUGUUGAGGCUUUUAUUGGUUGAAUGCAGUGGGAGGAUCACUCCGGGAAGAAGGGACGGAGGUCCUAUUCAUGGUUAGUGACCCUUUCAUGCUUUCAAUCUUUAGAGCUUCCUAAAGGUGGUGAGUGUCUCACAGCUAGCCAGAUCUUAGAGGGCAAUGGAUGCAAUGCAAGGCUGGCCAGGCUGCAGGGACUGCAGGUGUUGGCAGUCUGGUAGCUGGGCCUUGCUGCUGGGCCUGGUUUGGCAUCUGGGCUUUCACACAGCUUGGCUGUGAGUCCUGGAGAGAGUUUGCAGAAAGCUGCCCCUGCUUUGUCAGGGCUUUUCCUCGAGGAAAAGGUCUUGCACUGGAGCAGAUGUGAACCAACCUGUUACAGUCAGUGUCUUGAUUCUGGUGUGCUGGUGCUGGAGGCAGAAGGCUGAAGGGAUGGAGCACACAAAGCUGGUCGUGCCUGUGGAAUCUUAUCUGCUGCUUGCUGCAGCACUGGAAGUGCUGACCUUCGUGUGCCGUUUUCUUCAAGGCUUUUAGACAUUGUUGAUUUCAGUCAUUCCUCGAGACACCUGCUCAGGGUUCUGUGUGUGAGCUGUAGAGGGCAAGAAUCCUCUUUCAGGUUUAGGAAAAUGAGAUUAAAAGCCUGCGGUGUUUGAUUGGGGGAUGUCAGGCGUGUUGGUUUCUGGCUUGGCAAGUCGAUUAUGUUUAAAAGCCUUUGUGUCAGGCUUCUCUCCUCGAGGUGUUCACCUGGCACAACAAAGUCCUGCCUCCCAGGGCAGGCUCACAGGUUGAAGCUGAGGCAUUUUCCUUCAGUUACCUCCUUAGGAAGUCAUUCAAGCUGUCACCCAGGCUGAUCAGCACCGUGUGGUGAUGCUCUCUGUCCUGUGUGCCUGCCGGGUUGCUGGUGGGAAGCAGCAGAGGUGAUGGGCACAAGGAACUGUGAGCUGUGCUUGGCGAGUUGCUGCCUUGCUCUUCGAGAAAACAGCUCAGCAUCUCCUGCUGCUGCGUGUGGG